CGAUCAAAUGACAAUACUUGAAAACGAUAAAAAAUAUAUAUUAUUAAUUGAUUUUCAUUAAAAGUAUUUUUAUUGGUAGCACUUGUAAUUAUUGCAUCAAAGUGGAAACAUUUAUAAAUAUUUUAAUAUUAUAACUUGUCAUUUCUACACAUUUAAAAAAUGAACAAGAAUAUAUAUGUGUUGUCUAACGUAAGUUUAAAAAUAGUCUUCUAUUUUAUUUUAGAAAUUUUACUUAUUGGGGUAGCUAUUGGAGCACAAUAUGACGUUAAUGUCACUUACACGAUAUGCAAUAUAUUUUGCAUUGUGUCAAUGCUUAUUAUAAUACAUAUAUUAUGUGAUUUAAUGAUACAAUUCUGUAAUGUAUUCCAACCAAAUUUGAAAUACUAUGGGAUACAACAAUUGGAAGUGUCAUUAAAAUAUAAAAUUACCAUUGGAGUAUGUAUUAUAAUUCUUUGUUCACAAACAAUGAAUCAAAGGUCUUCGUAUAUUUGGACAUACAAUAAUGUAGCAAGUAUAUGCUCUUAUUGUUUUGUAAUUAUUUUGUUUAAAACACUAAUCUUAUCUGAACAAAAUGUAGAUAUAGAUAUAAGUAGUAUGAAAGGACUUGAUUAUGGUACUGGAAUGGCCUAUAGUUACUACUAUGGCUAUUUGAGAAUUGUUUUACCAUCUACUGGUACAGCAAGUAAAGGUUUAAUUGAAAAAUUAGAGAAUAUAGAAGACAGUCAUAACAUAUCUAUUUCAAUCAAAAAAUUAUUUAUUCUGAUUCCAUCUUCAACAUAUAUAUCUUCAGAUUUUAAAGAUUGUACAAAUGGAUGGAUGGAAAGUGCAUUAGAAUUAGAAAAGGAAGUAAGAGAUAGAGCUGGUGUAAAAAAUCGAUCUUAUCAUAAUAACGUGUAUAAGAUUUAUCCUGAAGGAAAGAAACCUUGUGUCAAACCAGAAUAUAUAACAGUUGAAGGUGCCACACCUUUGUUAACUAUGUUUGAAGUACAAAAACACUUCCAUCCGGAAUCUGCAAUUUAUGCGAAAUAUCGCAAACAAAUAAUAAAAUCAUUUUAUUUAAAAUUAAAAGAUAUAAUAUAUAAUGAUCCAGAAUGCAGAGAGUUAUGUGAAUUGAUCUACUAUGAAGAUUACAAUUCUGAUGGGACUAAAGUAAAUGUAGCAAAAAUUAUUCUAGAAAAGAUAUCAGAGCUGAGAAGUUUACAAUGAACAAACAUAUUGAGCUACGAAUUAAUACGAGAGCUAAUUUUAUACAAUAUAAUGUAAUAUUAACUACUCUCUUCCAAGUGAAAAUGAAAAAUAUAAAUAUACCUGUUUC